AAGUCACUUUCAGGUCAAUGAACAUUUCCUUGAAAUGGGCUCUAUGACAAUGCCUAAUUAAAAUCUAUUUGAGCAACCUAAACAAAAGGUAUUCCUUUGGAUCCUCCCCUUAACACGCAGCGGCGCUGGGCUGGCCCAGCGCUUCCCAUCCCUUCCCACUCGCACACGGAUAGGUGUGUGCGUAGCCUCCUUUCUUCCGAAGUCGGCUCCACCUUUCAGCGGUCGGCUUGGUGCAGCCCUGCCCCCGGGGCGAAUGGUACAGCCCCAGCCCCCCUCAGCUUCCCCCUUCCGCACCGGCUCCGAGUGGUACGCGCCCCCCGGUGCGGACGCGGAACUGGAGCCCGCUCGCAGCGGCGCCUCGCGAGGCAGUGACUGACGCUCGGCUGCUGGGGGACGUCCAGCCGGCCUGGCAGGUCCCCCGAAGCUCGGGAGACUUGGAUUAUCAGAUAAUAACAGAAUUCUUCCUGGGAAUGCGACUCCUUGCUUGGUGCCCUGAAGUUUCUCUGAGAUGAACUGAUGAAUUGGAACCAUGGUGCAAAAGAAGAAGUUCUGUCCCCGGUUACUUGACUAUCUAGUGAUCGUAGGGGCCAGGCACCCGAGCAGUGACAGUGUGGCCCAGACUCCUGAAUUGCUACGGCGAUACCCGCUAGAGGACCACCCUGAGUUUCCCCUGCCUCCAGAUGUAGUGUUCUUCUGCCAGCCAGAGGGCUGUCUGAGUGUGCGGCAGCGGCGCAUGAGCCUUCGGGAUGAUACCUCCUUUGUCUUCACCCUCACUGACAAGGACACUGGUGUCACACGUUAUGGCAUCUGUGUUAAUUUCUACCGCUCCUUCCAAAAGCGAAUGCCUAAGGAAAAGGGGGAAGGCGGGGCAGGGUCCCGUGGGAAGGAAGGGACUGGUGCCACCUGUGCUUCAGAAGAGGUUGGCACAGAAAGCUCAGAGAGUGGCUCAUCCCUGCAGCCUCCUAGUGCUGACUCCACCCCCGAUGUGAACCUGUCUCCUCGGGGCAAACGCCGGGCCAAGGCAGGCAGCAGGUCCCGCAACAGUACUCUGACAUCCCUGUGUGUGCUCAGCCACUACCCUUUCUUCUCCACCUUCCGAGAGUGUCUGUAUACCCUCAAACGGCUGGUGGACUGCUGUAGUGAACGGCUGCUGGGCAAGAAAUUGGGCAUCCCUCGAGGUAUACAAAGGGACACCAUGUGGCGUAUCUUUACUGGAUCACUGCUAGUGGAAGAGAAGUCAAGUGCCCUUCUGCAUGACCUUCGAGAGAUCGAGGCCUGGAUUUAUCGAUUGCUGCGCUCCCCAGUACCUGUCUCUGGGCAGAAGCGAGUAGACAUUGAAGUCCUACCCCAGGAGCUCCAGCCAGCUUUGACCUUUGCUCUUCCAGACCCUUCUCGAUUCACCCUAGUGGAUUUCCCUCUGCACCUUCCCUUGGAACUUCUGGGUGUAGAUGCUUGUCUUCAGGUGCUAACCUGCAUCCUGUUGGAGCACAAGGUGGUGCUACAGUCCCGAGACUACAAUGCUCUCUCUAUGUCUGUGAUGGCAUUUGUGGCAAUGAUCUACCCCCUAGAGUACAUGUUUCCUGUCAUCCCACUGCUUCCCACCUGCAUGGCAUCGGCAGAGCAGCUGCUGUUGGCCCCAACCCCCUACAUCAUUGGGGUCCCUGCCAGCUUCUUCCUCUACAAACUAGACUUCAAAAUGCCUGAUGACGUAUGGCUAGUGGAUCUGGACAGCAAUAGGGUGAUCACCCCAACCAAUGCAGAAUUGCUCCCCAUCCUGCCAGAGCCAGAAUCAUUAGAGCUGAAAAAACAUUUAAAGCAGAUGAAAGAUAUCUCUACCUUGGAUGUUGGAAAUCUGUUGAAGAAUGGCUUUGGGAGGUGGUUAACACCAUGGAUUGUGGAGUCCUCACUUUACAGGGUAUGGUUCUCAGCUUAUCUCAGCGUCAUCUUCUUCCCCAGAGUGGCCAUGGUACGGUUCUUCAACUCUGCCAACAUGCUGCAGGGCUUUCAGAUGCACACCCGUACCCUGAGACUAUUUCCUCGGCCUGUGGUAGCUUUCCAAGCUGGUUCCUUUUUAGCCUCACGUCCCAGGCAGACUCCCUUUGCUGAGAAACUGGCCAGGACUCAGGCUGUGGAGUACUUUGGAGAAUGGAUCCUAAACCCCACCAAUUACGCCUUUCAGCGAAUUCACAACAAUAUGUUUGAUCCAGCCCUGAUUGGUGACAAGCCAAAGUGGUAUGCCCACCAGCUGCAGCCCAUCCACUAUCGAGUCUAUGAUAGCAACUCCCAGCUGGCUGAGGCACUGACUGUACCACCAGAGCGUGACUCUGACUCUGACCCCACUGAUGACAGUGGCAGCGAUAGUAUGGAUUAUGAUGACUCAAGCUCUUCUUACUCCUCCCUGGGUGACUUUGUCAGUGAAAUGAUGAAAUGUGACAUCAAUGGUGAUACUCCCAAUGUGGACCCUCUGACGCAUGCAGCACUUGGGGAUGCCAGUGAGGUGGAGAUUGAUGACCUGCAGAACCAAAAGGAAUCAGAGGAGCCUGGCCCAGACAGUGAGAACUCUCAGGAAAACCCCCCAGAACGCUCCAGCUCCAGCACCACUGCCUGCAGCAGCCCUAGCACUGUGGUCCAUGGAGCCAGCUCUGAACCUGCUGAGUCUACAGAGAUGGAUGAUAAGGCAGCAGUAGGGGUCUCCAAGCCCCUCCCUACCGUGCCUCCCAGCAUUGGCAAAUCGAACACGGACAGACGCCAGACAGAGAUUGGAGAGGGGUCAGUGCGCCGGCGAACCUAUGACAAUCCAUACUUCGAGCCCCAGUAUGGCUUUCCCCCUGAGGAAGAUGAUGAUGAGCAGGGGGAAAGUUACACUCCCCGAUUCAGCCAACAUGUCAAUGGCAAUCGGGCUCAAAAGCUGCUGCGGCCCAACAGCUUGAAACUGGCAAGUGACUCCGAAGCAGAGUCAGACUCCCGAGCAAGCUCCCCCAACUCCACCAUCUCCAACAACAGCACCGAGGGCUUCGGGGGCAUCAUGUCUUUUGCCAGCAGCCUAUAUCGGAACCACAGUACAAGUUUCAGCCUUUCAAAUCUCACACUGCCCACCAAAGGUGCCCGAGAGAAGACCACACCAUUCCCCAGUUUGAAAGUAUUUGGGCUAAAUACUCUAAUGGAGAUUGUUACUGAAGCCGGCCCCGGGAGUGGUGAAGGAAACAGGAGGGCAUUAGUGGACCAAAAGUCAUCUGUCAUUAAACACAGUCCAACAGUGAAAAGAGAACCUCCAUCACCCCAGGGCCGAUCCAGCAAUUCUAGUGAGAACCAGCAAUUCCUGAAGGAGGUGGUACACAGUGUGCUGGAUGGCCAGGGAGUGGGCUGGCUCAACAUGAAAAAGGUACGCCGGCUGCUGGAGAGUGAGCAGCUGCGAGUCUUUGUCCUGAGCAAGCUGAACCGCACCGUGCAGUCAGAAGACGAUGCUCGGCAGGACAUCAUCCCAGAUGUGGAGAUCAGUCGAAAAGUGUACAAGGGAAUGUUAGAUCUCCUCAAGUGCACAGUCCUCAGCCUGGAGCAGUCUUAUGCCCAUGCAGGUCUGGGUGGCAUGGCCAGCAUCUUUGGCCUUCUGGAAAUUGCCCAGACCCACUACUAUAGUAAAGAACCAGACAAGCGGAAGAGAAGUCCAACAGAAAGUGUAAAUACCCCAGUUGGCAAGGAUCCUGGUCUGGCUGGGCGGGGGGACCCAAAGGCUAUGGCACAACUGAGAGUCCCCCAGCUGGGACCUCGGGUACCAAGUGCUACAGGAAAGGGUCCUAAGGAAGUGGACACUAGAAGUUUAAAGGAAGAGAAUUUUGUAGCCUCUAUCGAAUUGUGGAACAAGCACCAGGAAGUGAAAAAGCAAAAAGCUUUGGAAAAACAGAGGCCCGACGUAAUCAAACCUACCUUUGACCUUGGUGAAACAGAGGAGAAAAAAUCACAGAUCAGCGCAGAUAGUGGUGUGAGCCUGACAUCUGCUUCCCAGAGAACUGAUCAAGACUCAGUCAUCGGUGUGAGUCCACCUGUUAUGAUCCGCAGCUCAAGUCAGGAUUCUGAAGUUAGCACCGUGGUGAGUAAUAGUUCUGGAGAAACGCUUGGUGCAGACAGUGAUCUGAGCAGCAAUGCAGGUGAUGGACCAGGUGGCGAGGGCAGUGCCCACUUGGCAAGUUCCCGGGGCACUUUGUCUGAUAGUGAAAUUGAGACCAACUCCGCCACAAGUGCCAUCUUUGGUAAAGCCCACAGCCUGAAGCCAAAGGAGAAGCUGGCAGGCAGCCCAGUUCGCUCUUCUGAAGAUGUAAGCCAGCGCGUCUAUCUCUACGAGGGACUCCUAGGAAGGGACAAAGGAUCGAUGUGGGACCAGUUAGAGGAUGCUGCUAUGGAGACCUUUUCUAUGAGCAAAGAGCGUUCUACUUUAUGGGACCAAAUGCAAUUCUGGGAAGAUGCGUUUUUAGAUGCUGUGAUGUUAGAGAGAGAAGGGAUGGGUAUGGAUCAGGGUCCCCAGGAAAUGAUUGACAGGUACCUGUCCCUGGGAGAACAUGACCGGAAGCGCCUGGAAGAUGAUGAAGAUCGCUUGUUAGCGACCCUUUUGCACAACCUCAUCUCCUACAUGUUGCUGAUGAAGGUGAACAAGAAUGACAUCCGAAAGAAGGUGCGACGUCUGAUGGGAAAGUCACAUAUUGGACUUGUGUAUAGCCAGCAAAUCAACGAGGUGCUUGAUCAGCUGGCGAACCUGAAUGGACGUGAUCUCUCUAUUCGAUCCAGUGGCAGCCGGCACAUGAAGAAGCAGACAUUUGUGGUGCAUGCAGGGACAGACACAAAUGGAGAUAUCUUUUUCAUGGAGGUGUGCGAUGACUGUGUGGUGUUGCGGAGUAACAUCGGGACAGUGUAUGAGCGCUGGUGGUAUGAGAAGCUCAUCAACAUGACCUACUGUCCCAAGACCAAGGUUUUGUGCUUAUGGCGUAGAAAUGGCUCUGAGACCCAGCUGAACAAGUUUUAUACUAAGAAGUGUCGGGAGCUGUACUACUGCGUGAAGGACAGCAUGGAGCGUGCUGCCGCCCGACAACAAAGCAUCAAACCCGGGCCUGAACUAGGCGGCGAGUUCCCCGUGCAGGACAUGAAGACAGGCGAGGGUGGCUUGCUGCAGGUCACCCUGGAAGGGAUCAAUCUCAAGUUCAUGCAUAACCAGGAGCGGAAGGUUUUCAUAGAGCUGAAUCACAUUAAAAAGUGCAAUACAGUUCGAGGCGUCUUUGUCCUGGAGGAAUUUGUUCCUGAAAUUAAAGAAGUGGUGAGCCACAAGUACAAGACACCAAUGGCCCACGAGAUCUGCUACUCUGUGUUGUGUCUCUUCUCGUAUGUGGCUGCAGUCCGUAGCAGUGAAGAGGACCUCAGAACUCCGCCCCGGCCUGUUUCCAGCUGACGGAACAGGUGAAGCAGCUGGCCCAUCCCAGGGCUCACCCCUUGCCUCCUGCUGCUCCCAAGUGCACCAAGUGACCGUGACUGAGAAGGGGAUGAUGGGUGUACGUUCUGCCAGCCCUGCGCUGUGGCUUCGCUGGUCCCCAGUUAUACGUCUUUUGAGUGUGUCUUUGCGUGUGUCUGUGACAGAGCUAAGCUAGUCCCUUCCACCUUCUCCCUGUCCUUAUCCAGAAGACCAGCCUACUGUUCCCUCAGGGCUCAAGAGUGUGUUGGGGGGGACAAUGUGAGUCCACCCUUGCGUGUCCUUGAGACAUUGUGUUGUGGUUCCUCUUCCUCGGCAUCGUGAUCCUCCAGUGCAGGAUUCCUGCUCCCCGUCCUCUGUGAUCUAGCAUGACAGGGCGCCUUGGGCAGUUCCACUCUGGGCAGUGAGGGAAACCUGGCCUGCCCUUCCAGACGAGGGGUGGGCAGGAAAAGGAAAGCAAGAAGCCGGGGCAGUUGGAGUGAGUGGCAGCCCCCCAGCUUCCCUGUGCAUUUCCCAGUGGCAGCUCCUGCCUGUGGCCGUGAGCUCUGCUGCUGCCCACCACAGCUCCAUUGCCACCGUGGGGCAGCACUGAGGGGCCACUGUGUGCCGAGCAGUGAUUUUCCCAUGGUCAGCCUGGCCUUGGGCAUGAGAAGACAGAGUGGUUGGGGCAAUAGAGUCCCAGAGACCGCUGGCUGCUCUGCCAGAGACCAGGGAGAGGCGGCCAGGACCAAGUUCAUUGUACAUGCCCGUAUGAGGCAGUGUCUCCUGGUGUCAGGUGCCAGGAGGGAAAGAUGGCCUGGGGGUGGGGGGAUGAUUGUAAAUAUCUCAGCUCCUCUUUAUUUAUAGAAAAUGUACAGCUGUGUGAAUGUGAAAUAAAUGUCCUUAACUCCCCUGG